AUGCCUCCCGUUCCUAAAUACAAAUACCCAUCCGGCCAUCAAAAACGUAAGAAGAGGAAGCUAGAGGAAGAGAAAAGAAAGGCGGACGACGUAAAACAAAACCGAAUAAACAAGUUUUUUUCAAAAGAAACUCAAAAUUCUAGUUAUAGCUUGGGUGAUGAUAAUGUGGGUCAAGAGGCUAAUGUGGGUCAAGAGGCUAAUGUGGGCGAAGACAAUGUGACCGUAGGUGAAGAAGGUAAUGUGGGCGAAGACAAUGUGACCGUAGGUGAAGACAACAUGAAUGUAGGUGAAGAUAAUGUUAAUGAUACCGUAGAUGAAGAUGAUGUUAAUCCGGUUCCGGAUAUUGAUAUUUUUGAUCCUAGAAAUUGGGGUGGGCUUAGUAAUGACAUGAUUAAAGAGUUGGUUACGAAAGGUCCAAAAAGAGAUAUGGAUGUUAAGGGCCCCGUGGAUAAAUUUGGAAGACAUUUUUCUAAUACCAUGUACACUAGAAUUUUAUCAAAUAGGGAGACGUGCGAUAGAGAAUGGCUAGUGUAUUCGAAAAAACUUGACAAACUCUAUUGUUUUUGUUGUAAAGUUUUUAGAACGCGGCAUCCGAAAGGUGGGUUGGAUGAUGAAGGUUAUAACGAUUGGAGACAUGCCAGUGGUAGACUUAAAGAACAUGAAGUUGGUUUAGAACAUUUCAAGAAUAUGAAUGAAUGGUUUGAAUUGCGGCAAAGGUUGAAAUGCAAAGAAACAAUUGACAAAGGGGCAUAUGAGCACUUUAGAAAAGAAAAAGAUUAUUGGAAACAAGUCAUCUUAAGGAUUAUUGCACUUGUGAAGUUUCUUGCAAAAUAUGGCUUAGCGUUUCGUGGGUCAAAUGAGAAGUUGUAUCAAAAAGGAAAUGGAAACUUUUUGGGUUUGGUUGAGAUGUUGGAAGAGUUUGACCCGAUUAUGAAAGAACAUGUGCGCCGAGUUUUGAAUGAAGAGUUCCAUGUACACUUUCUUAGCCACAAUAUUCAAAACGAGUUGAUACAAUUAUUAGGGGAUAAAGUUAGAACCGAAAUCAUCAAGAAAGUUAAGCAAGCAAAGUAUUACUCCAUCAUCCUCGAUUGCACGCCUGAUACAAGUCACCAAGAGCAAAUGUCCAUAAUUGUGAGGUAUGUGAAUUUUAACUCUAGUUCUGUGACCAUUGAGGAAUCCUUUUUAGGUUUUUUGGUUGUUGAUGAUACCACGGGUUUAGGACUUUUUGAAGUAACAUGUAAGGAAUUAGAGUCGCUUGAUCUUGAUAUUGGUGAUAUGCGUGGUCAAGGCUACGAUAAUGGGGCAAACAUGAGAGGAAAAAACAAAGGAGUUCAAACUAGAUUUUUAGAAAAAAAUCCUAGAGCUUUCUAUAGUGCUUGUGGUUGUCAUAGUCUAAAUCUAGCAUUGUGUGACAUGGCUAACACAAUUACUAAGUCUAAGGAAUUUUUUGGAACAAUACAACGGUUAUAUACUAUCUUUGCCCAUUCUAUUAAUAGGUGGCAAAUUUUGAAAGACAAUGUUAAAGGAUUAACUCUUAAAUCAUUGUCUACAACUCGUUGGGAAAGUCGUAUAGAUAGUAUUAAGCCUAUAAGAACUCAACUUGGAGAUGUAAGAAAAGCUUUGCGAGAAGUUAGGGGGACGGAUAGAGAUGCUAAAAUCAUAAGUGAAGCUAAAUCAUUAGAAGAGUAUGAACUUGGUGAUUUUGAAUUUUUGGCACAAAUUGUCAUUUGGUUUGAAUUAUUAUCAAAGGUGAAUAUGGUGAGCAAACGGUUGCAAGCAAAAGAUGUUGUUCUUGAUGUUGCUAUUGAUGAAGUGGACAAAUUAAUUAAAUUCUUUAAGAAUUAUAGAGAAGUGGGGUUCUCUAAGGCACUUGAUGAAGCUAGAGAAAUUGCAAAUGAAAUAGGUGUUAAUGCGGUAUUUCGUCAAAAACGUGUGAUAUAUAGGAAAAAACAAUUUGAUGAAUCGUCAAGUGUAGAAGAAGUAACAUUUUCACCCGAGGAGGAUUUUAGAGUAAAUUAUUUUUUAAGUAUUAUUGAUCAAGCUAUUUUUUCACUUGAAACAAGAUUUGAACAAUACCAAAAAUUCGAAAAAAUAUUUGGGUUUUUGUUUCCUAAAAAGUUGAAGACUCUUGAUGAAGCCAAGCUUAAGGAGUGUUGUUAUCGCCUUGACGAUGCAUUGAAGUAUGAAGGAGAAUCUGAUAUUGAUGCUAAAGAAUUGUGUAGUUGA